AUGGAGGUUGAGAAUGAUAGAAGACGGAGAGAAUUGUAUGAUACAUUAGGGAUUAGAGAUGAUGACAGUCUGUUCGAUGAAAACUCUCUUAGCGAUGAACAUUCCAAUGGCGUCAAUGGCACACCUUCCCACGCUGAUCAAGAAGUCACGAUGCAAGAAUCUCAGUCAGGCAGCGAUGGCCAGUGUUCAAACAAUCAUGAGGAUGAAAUUGCUUACAAUGUGGAGGAAGAUCCAAAAAGUGGGAUGCAUUUUCCAACUAUGGACAAUUUAGUUAAUUUCUACAAGGAACAUGCCAGGUUGAAAGGAUUUUCAAUUGUGAUAAGAUCGUCUUCUAAAGGCAAUGGUUCAGUUCCUAAAUAUGUGCUGAUGACUUGUGACAAGGGAAAUAAACCACAUGGUGGGAAAUAUACCAAGCAGGUGAAUUGUCCUGCAAGAAUAAACGCUACUUUGAAAGACAAUUGCUUAUGGGUUGUUGGACGAGUCGUAACUAACCAUAUCCAUCAAUUGGAUCCAUCUAUGUCAAGGUUUAUGGCUCGUUACAGGUGUUUGUCUAACGGUGUGAAAAGAUCACUAGAGGCCAAUGAUAUAGCUGAAAUAAGGCCUUCUAAGAGCAUUAGAUUAUUAGAAGUACAAUCUGGUGGUCCAGAAAAGAUGGGAUGUUUGCCUAAAGACUGCAGAAAUUUUAUUUAUAAUAGGAGAAGGUUGGGACUAGAUGAAGGCGACGCCGAGUCCAUCCAACAGCUCUUUUCCAGGUUGCAAGUAAUAGAAAGGACUUUCUUCUAUGCGAUUGAUGUUGUUUGGGAAUGCAGGCUUAGAAAUAUAUUAUGUGUUCAUCCACGAGGUAGAGCUGCUUAUGAGGAAUUCUAUGAUGUUAUAUGCUUUGACACAACUUACCUUGUGAAUCGAUACCAGAUGCCUUUUGCAACAUUCGUUGGUGUUAAUCACCAUGGCCAAUCUAUUCUAUUAGGUUGUGCCUUAUUGUCCCAUAAGGAUGUAGAGACUUUCAAAUGA